UUCUUUUCAACGAUUUUCAUUUGGUGUGUCGAAACAUCGGUUUCCGGGCGCAAAACAUCGACAGUGCCUGUUACGAGUAGACGUAGUCUAGUCCCAUACAUUUAAUACAUUUAUUUAACCGUUACAAUUUUACUUUGUUGAUCGAUUAUCACCCGUCGCCGGACACAACAAAAUGACUUCCACAAGCUUCAACAUCGGUCUGGCCGACGGUCGCAACUCGAGCAGGGUGCUGAGACCGCCGGGCGGCGGACACACACCGCUCUUCGGGCCCGCCGACCCGGAACCGCCGAAAAAGGACCACGGCAGAAACGCAUCGUCCAUAACCGAGGGCAGAAGCGAGCCCAAAGUGCCCACCCCGACGGCCGAACAACCACCCCAACAAAAAACUCCAACGGCCGAACCUAGUGCGGCACCGGCCGCCCCUCAGGCCGCCGCCGCCGAUCCGGCACCCGCACAGCGUUCCAGGGUUCCGCCCGGCGGGUUCUCCUCGGGGCUGUGGUAGAUGACUCAUUCCCUUUCCAAGCCAAAAUUUUUAUGUAUUUGCCUAUGUAUACUGUUGUCUUGAUAAUCAAAACUUUUUUUAUGUUAAGUAUUAACGAAGCUUUAUUGACUUGGCACAAGUGGUGCGGCAUUUUGCUAAUAACUUAUUUUACACAGUUUUUUACUAUGUAUUAUUAAAAUUUUUUAUCUAUUAA